CUACUUCAUUUCACUUUGACCCGCCGUCACUGACUGAAGCUGUAACAAGUGAUCAUGAUGAACACUUGUCUGCUUUUAUUUGCUUUGCUGUCAGCUGCUUCAGCCUUUCACCUGUCUGAACGAGACGAGGCUCACUUCAAGUCAUGGAUGGCGCAGUACAACAGAGUGUACGGCCUGCAGGAGUAUUAUGAGAGGCUCCAGAUAUUCACUGAGAACAAGAGGAGGAUCGACAAACACAAUGAGGGGAAUCACUCAUUUACAAUGGGGCUGAACCAGUUUUCUGACAUGACAUUUAAAGAAUUCAAAAAGUCUUUCCUCUGGUCUGAGCCACAGAACUGCUCUGCUACCAAGGGGAACUACUUCAGCAGCAACGGACCGUAUCCAGACUCCAUCGACUGGAGGAAGAAAGGAAACUAUGUGACGGAUGUGAAGAAUCAGGGAGGUUGUGGCAGCUGCUGGACUUUCUCCACCACUGGCUGUCUGGAGUCGGUUAUCGCCAUCAACAAGGGGAAGCUCGUACCACUGUCAGAACAACAGCUGGUAGACUGCGCCCAGGCCUUCAACAAUCAUGGAUGUAACGGGGGCCUUCCCAGUCAAGCAUUUGAAUACAUCCUGUACAACAAGGGGCUGAUGACAGAGGAUGACUACCCCUACACAUCCAUUGAAGGUACUUGUGUGUAUAACCCAGAACGAGCAGCUGCCUUUGUGAAGGAGGUGGUGAACAUCACAGCGUACGAUGAGAUGGGGAUGGUGGACGCGGUUGCCACACGCAAUCCUGUCAGCCUUGCCUUUGAGGUGACCUCUGACUUCAUGCACUACUCUCAGGGCGUCUACACUAGCACUGAAUGCCACCAGACCACAGACAAGGUGAACCACGCUGUGUUAGCAGUCGGGUAUGGACAGGAGAGCGGCACCCCUUACUGGAUAGUGAAGAACUCAUGGGGAUCUUAUUGGGGGAUUGGCGGAUAUUUCCUCAUUGAGCGUGGGAAGAACAUGUGUGGACUCGCUGCUUGCUCAUCUUUUCCUGUGGUGUGAUUCCUGCGUGACAGCAAACUACAGAGGGGCUGAAAAGGGAGCAAUAUCUGACUUUUUUGUUAUUAUACAGUGAUUUUUAUAUAAUCAGUAGCCUACUGUGUGUUUAUGCACAGUAUGUUUUUGCACAAUAGAGUCAGCCUCUGGUGAAGCACUAUGUAAGGGGCAGAUCAAGUCAUAUCCAGAUUAAUCAAUAAAUCUGACAUUAUGAUUUAAAUACCAGUUAUUCUAUUCUUUUCAUUACAUUCACAAAUAAAGUCUAUUACAAUUUG